AAAAAGAGCUCUGGCGCCAAGCCGCGUUUGGGGGGAGCCGGCUCUUUAUAAACCGCGACCGCCUGCCCGAGUUACCGCAGAGAUUCUCUCACCGUGGGGCCGGGCCGCAUGGGGUCCGCGUUGCCGUUUUCGGCCGACAUCUGUGUGCAGGACCGGGAUCUAGACACGCUGUUUUUGCAGUGUCUGGGGGCGCUGCCAUGUGCUGCGUGGCCAUUACCCGGUGCGGGCGGCCCGCUGUGGCACGCAGUUUUUGCUUCCUUUUUUCCCGUGCUUCUUUUGCCUUUUCUCCCGGUUCUUUUGGUGUUCCUUUAACGAGCACGCGGGUAUUGGCGGCUGCGCGCGGUCAAAUAUGCUAUAGCAGUCUGCAUUGUCGCUUGAGAUUUACCGAACGCCGCGGCAGAUCGCAGUACGUUUUGAGCCAUUAUCGAUAUGGAGAAUACUCCACCUUUUUCACCAAAACAAUGGACAGGCGCCAGGGAGGCGGGCUCUUGUUGUUUGCGGUGCCCGCCCACGCGCCUUUUUCUUUUGUUUUCUGCCAGCUGGCCCCCCUCGUUCCAAAGCUCGUGUUUUGUGAAAAACUCUAAUUCAUCUCACACGACGGGCCAUAUGUGUCACUGUUUUUUUCUGAUUGUCUUAGCUCGUAAAUCGCCACCUCACGCCCAAUGGGGAAGCAUGCGCGAAAUCAGCGCCCGAUCUGGGAUAGUGCAACCGCGGCCUUUGCGAGAUAAGCU